AUGAAUCGACCAGGACCUGGUCCACAGCCGCUACGAGGCAUGUCCGGAUUCCCCGCGCCGCAGCAAGCACAAGCCCGAAACGCAACAUUGGCCUCCGCACGAUUGCCAAACGGAAAAUUGGGUGGCGCAGCGAAUUGGAACUUCAAUCUGCCUGUGAGCGGAACUCCCACUCUACAAACCAACCAGCAACGAAAUAUGGGAACUAUGGGCAGUUUUGCGCAGAGCUUGAGUGGCUCGCAACCAGCAACACCGCUAGACCUCUCCGAAUUUCCUUCACUUUCAGGCGCGCCCCAGCAGUCACAAUCUCAGAACCCCGGGCAACUCGUUUGGGCCAACGCCAGUCAACGAGCCGCACAACAUACCCCCGUUCAGAGACAGCAGCACCUUCCUACGUCGCAACCCCCUUCUCGAACCUCCCAAACUCAACCGCAUCCUGUACAGCAGCCGUCACAAGCCCCUCACGAUGACAUGUUUCCCUCCGCCGCCCAGUUCACCAAUCGACUGGAUGAUUUCAGGAAUGGCGGACAGGGCAUUAGUAGCCAGCUAGGAGCCGGAAGUCAGCCUCAGACGGGUAACAUCGACGAAUUCCCUCCGUUGGGUCGAAACGUUGCUGCUGAGAUCGGCCAAGAUAAUCGGAGCUCAUUGCUGCAGAAUACUGCGUUUGGAAGCUACAACACCAGUAUUGGAACAUCGCGGUCGCCCGUUAACCAAGGACCCAAUGGGGUUUUGGGGCAGGAGAAGGAGGACUUGAACAACACUCUCAUGUCGGGUCAACGCAACUUCAGCGACCCGCAACAAUUGCAGCAAAGACAACAACAGGCCGAAGGCCAGGAUGUUUCGGUAGUCGCUGGUGCUCAAAGUGCAGAACAACCACCUCUCGCACAGAUGAGUGAGCUUGACCGAUUCGGCCUGGCCGGCCUGUUGCGCAUGAUCCACAGCGAGAGCCCCGACGUGGCCAGCCUCGCUGUUGGUCAAGAUUUGAUGACCCUUGGCCUGGACUUGAAUCAGCCUGAACCUCUCCACACCUCCUUCGCCUCUCCGUUCGUGUCAUCCAUGUCUGCAGUACCGCUUGAACAGGAUUUUUCUCUCCCCUCUUGCUACAAUGUUGCGAACAUCCAAGCCCUUCAGUCCCGAAUCCCAGGGUUUAGCGACGAAACCCUCUUCUACAUUUUCUACAGCAUGCCCCGAGAUAUUAUGCAGGAGCUGGUCGCAGAAGAAUUGAUGGGACGCAAAUGGCGGUAUCACAAGCUGGAGCGGUGUUGGCUGACUCGUGAUGAGACAUACCCUGGCCCUGUUGAUGUCGAACGGGGUGUAAGCGAACGUGGCGUGUAUCUCUUGUGGGAUCCUGCCACCUGGAAGAAAGUUCGGCGUGAUUUCAUCCUUCGGUAUGAGGAUCUGGACAACCGGCUGGAUUCCAACCGGGUCUCUCGUGGCAUUAGUCAGGCGCAUCAUACUUCAUAA